AUGGCAAACAUCGCAAAAAUUGAAUUCCCGGCUCUUAAUAUCACCGGAGAAAAUUAUAUGCCGUGGACGUCACAUGUUAAGCGACAUCUCAAGUCAAUGGGUGUUUUGGAAACGAUAACGGGGUGGAACGAUUGUAGCGAUCAAGAAAAGGCCAAAACCGAUGUCUUCCUCCAUAAACACAUUGAUGAGAUGUUGCAAUUUGAAUAUUCAAAUUUUGUGGAUCCAUACGUUUUGUGGGAAGAUUUAAAAAGCAGAUUUGAUAAUCAAAGGGAAGAUAUGCUCAACGCUCCGAUUUUGUGGGCAAACUGUUACGAGGAAGAUAUGUUGGAGAAAACUUUCUCCACAUUUCAUGCAUCAAAUAUAAACUUGCAACAACAAUAUCGGUUGCAAAAGUUUCAAAGAUAUUCUGAUCUAAAUUCAUUUCUCCUCGUAGCAGAGAAAAAAAAUGAGCUACUAAUGAAAAAUCAUCAAGCUCGUCCCGCUGGAUCAUUAGCCAUUCCAGAAGCAAAUGUUGUUAUUAAUGAUGAUACUAAAGACUCUGGAAGAAAAUGGGGACGAGGCCGUGGCCGUGGCCAUUUUGGUAAAGGUAAUGGUCGCAAUUAUUCCUUCAAAAGGAAUAAUAAUUUCCGAGGUAAUUCACAUGGUCGUGGACAUGGUCGCGGUCGUGGUCGUGGUUGA